GCUGAUGUAGUGGGGGAAAUAUCCUCUAGCUUGCAGCGAGAGAGAGAAAGAGAGAGAGCGAGAGUGAGUGAGAAUUAAUAGAAAGGAGGGCAUCAGCAUCAGCACCAGAGACAGAGCGAAUGAAUCUCCCGGCUUAAGGUCUACGACGGCGAUGAUGAUGAUGAAGAAAAGGAGGAGGAGGAUGCUGGUACCAGGAGCCUAGCAGCAAGGAGCAUCUCCCCUUACCCCCACCCUAGAUCUUUCCCUCCCCCUUUUAAAAAUAAUAAUUAUAAAUAAUACCAAGAGCAGCAGACUUAGAAAACGCCCGCUAAUCAAGAUAUCUCGACUGGGACUAGUGCCGAGAGGUGGCCUUUUUUAAAUAAAUAUUCUGUGCAGGAGAACUGAGAGAAGGAGGCUCAGCGGUGGCAGCAGCAGGCUGAGUCCAGGAUGUCCAGUGCUAAGGAGGCAGGUGGAGCCCAGCCGACAGGGGUGCAGCACCAUGCCCAGUACGUGGGGCCCUACAGGCUGGAGAAGACUCUGGGCAAAGGACAGACAGGGUUGGUAAAGUUGGGUGUCCAUUGUAUCACUGGACAGAAAGUAGCCAUCAAAAUUGUCAAUAGGGAGAAGCUGUCUGAAUCUGUCCUCAUGAAGGUGGAGCGUGAGAUUGCCAUCUUGAAGCUGAUUGAACAUCCUCAUGUCCUCAAGCUGCACGACGUCUAUGAAAAUAAAAAAUAUUUGUACCUGGUGCUGGAACAUGUAUCUGGAGGUGAGUUAUUUGACUACCUGGUGAAGAAAGGUAGGUUGACACCCAAGGAGGCCCGGAAGUUCUUCCGACAGAUCAUUUCAGCAUUAGAUUUCUGUCACAGUUACUCUAUCUGCCAUAGAGACCUCAAACCAGAGAAUUUGCUGCUGGAUGAAAAGAACAACAUUCGGAUUGCAGAUUUUGGAAUGGCGUCACUGCAGGUCGGAGACAGCUUACUGGAAACCAGCUGUGGUUCACCACAUUAUGCUUGUCCGGAAGUCAUUAAGGGGGAAAAAUAUGAUGGACGGAGGGCUGAUGUGUGGAGCUGUGGAGUUAUCCUUUUUGCACUGCUAGUGGGGGCGUUACCAUUUGAUGAUGAUAACCUACGUCAAUUGCUAGAAAAAGUGAAACGAGGCGUUUUCCAUAUGCCACACUUCAUCCCGCCAGACUGUCAGAACCUGCUGCGUGGUAUGAUCGAAGUAGAACCUGAGAAACGACUUUCUCUGGAUCAAAUUCAGAAGCACAGUUGGUAUAUGUGCUGUAGCUUUAAGAAGUCGUUGCUCUCUCAUUUCAGUGGAGGGAAGAAUGAGCCCGAGCCUGAACAGCCAACGCCAAGAAAAGUGCCAAUCAUGAGGAUACGAUCUGUCAGCGAGUUUGAUCCAGACGUGUUGGAUAGUAUGCAUUCCCUUGGUUGUUUCCGUGAUAAAACCAAGCUGAAAGUGGAGCUGCAGAGCGAGGAGGAAAAUCAGGAAAAAAUGAUCUACUACCUGUUGCUGGAUCGUAAAGAACGGUAUCCCAGUUGUGAAGAUGAGGAUCUCCCACCACGCAAUGAAAUAGAUCCACCAAGGAAGCGAGUUGACUCUCCCAUGCUGAAUCGACAUGGUAAACGCCGUCCUGAGAGGAAAUCCAUGGAGGUCCUCAGCGUAACAGAUGGUGGUUCUCCUGUACCGGCUCGGCGAGCAAUAGAAAUGGCACAGCACAGUCAAAGGUCAAGAUCAGUCAGUGGAGCCUCAACGGGUCUUUCCUCCAGCCCACUCAGUAGUCCCAGGCCCAUCCGAAAAUUUUCUGUCCCUCCUCACCAGAGUCCCGUUUUCACAUUCUCCCCAUCACCAUCGGAGUCUGAUGCCGGCCAGGACCCACGAGCCAUCUGGCAGUCUAAAGUGGCCCAACGUCAACCUGACCCGAAGACUCAGACCCUGCCUGCUAAACCCAGCUUGGGAGAGAAGCCGCUUCAACCCAUCAGAUCCAACCCACUACCAAUCAACCUGGCAACCAUCUCCCCACCUCAUGAUUCCUCUUCCUCUUCCUGUUCCUCCUCACCCCAUCGUUCCUCUGUCUCCCCCUCAUUUCUCCCUUCCUCUCUUCCUGCUCGUUUCUUCCCUGGUACUAAAUCCAGCACCAAAUCUGUCCCUUUAACACAGGUGACCCCUCACCCUUCCCCUCGAGGCAGUCCUCUUCCUACCCCGCUGGGGACACCUGUGCACACGCCAAAGGACAGCCCGACAGGGACGCCCAACGUCACACCCCCAACAAGUCCAGGAGUCGGAGGGGUGGCAUGGAAGACACGACUGAACUCUAUCAAGAACAGCUUCUUGGGGUCACCUCGUUUCCACCGCAGGAAAUUACAAGUACCAACACAAGAAGAAAUGUCAAGUCUGACGCCAGAAUCUUCUCCAGAGUUGGCAAAAAAGUCUUGGUUUGGUAACUUCAUGAACCUAGACAAAGAAGAGCAGAUAUUUGUGGUAAUAAAGGACAAGCCGCUGAGUUCCAUAAAGGCAGACAUCGUCCAUGCAUUCCUUUCGAUCCCUAGCCUGAGUCACAGCGUCAUCUCUCAGACGAGUUUUCGGGCAGAGUACAAAUCUUCCGGUGGCCCCUCAGUUUUCCAAAAACCAGUAAAGUUCCAGGUGGACAUCACGUUUUCAGAGGGGAUGGAGACGCAGAAAGACAACGGGAUUUACUCAGUGACAUUUACACUAAUAUCAGGACCCAGUCGCAGGUUCAAGCGAGUCGUUGAGACGAUCCAGGCCCAGCUAUUGAGCACUCAUGAUCAACCAUCAGUUCAGGCACUUGCUGGUGAGUAUGAAAAGAAUGGUCAGCUGAGUCGUCCCCCUGGCACCCCAACAAGAAGCUGCCCAAAUUCCCGAAGAUCUGAGUCUGAGGGAUCUGAGCACCACAGGAAAGGCUCGAUCAAAGACAAAAGUAAACUUUUAUCAUCCAAUGGAACACAAGCACUGCCAUGACAUCACACAGGGAAAUGUACAAAUUGGCAGUAUUACUGUGAAGAUGUAAAUAUUUACAAAACAAAAAACUGAAUUGAAUGUUAAUACUAUACUUCUUUUUUUUAAUCCCAUUAUCGAAGGAAGUCGAAGGAGAAGACUUUACUUCCUUUCCCAUAAUCCUUUGUCUUCUUUAGGAACUAUGGACAAUUUUUCUGUUACAUCUAUAUUUUUUGUUGCUGUUUGAGUCUGAUUGGAUUACUACAGAGGAAGCACCCAAUUGUGACUCUUUAUGCAAGAUCUACAAAGAUAUAGCUUUGGAUUUUUUUUUUCUUUUUGGGUUUGCAUUAUCUGGUGCUUCUCAGGUGUAAAUGAAUGAGAUACUUGAUUUUGUGUGUGUGUGUGUGUGUGUGUGUGUGUGUGUGUGUGUGUGUGUGUGUGCGUGUGUGAUUAUGUAUGAAUGUGCAUAUUUAUAUCUGAGUGUCUGUGUACAUGUACACAAAUUAAUGUAUUUGUUGGCAAGGAGAACAAAUAUGAGUAUUUGUGUACAUGUUUUUGUUGGCAAGGGGAACAUGAACAAUGGCAUACCACCAUGAUCCCUAGCUUUAUCAACAUGGGAACAUUUUAUGUCUGGAGUGACUAUGAGGAAGUGUGCUUUGCAGUGUCCUCCAGUCUAAUCAGAUUGCACAUGUCAUUUUAAAACAUUUCUCAGGUUGCAGUGGCAGAGCUCAGAACUUCUCUUCCAGAGUGAAGCAGACUUGCGUUCGGUGCAUGAAAUCAGUUGCAGACUGUGGAUUUUUCCCUUCUUUGCUCUAGACUUGCGGGAGUGCAGCAGGGGUACCUCAGCAAAGAUCUGUAUUAUAAUUUUAAUCAGAAACUUGUGCUGUGACUCUGCUUUAUGGCUUAUUGACUGAGGAGAGUGGAGCUCAAGAAACCUGCAUGGGGUUAUAAAGAUGUGGCAGGUAAAUGUAAUGAGACUAGAACUUCACAUGUCCCGAGCCUUGGCUUGCCUUUGUUGGUCUCUCACAUCUUCUGUCAUCUCCUCUGCAGUUGUCUUUGCACUGCAUAAAUGAUACAUUGUGAAUAAUGAGUUAUUUAGGACUUGCCCUUCAUGAGGUGGUUUUACCCUGAACAUUAGGGACGUCUCAUCUUGUACACUAUGAAUAGUAAGGUUAUUCAUAAAAAUAAUGCAGUAACCAUAGUCUGUAUCCCCCCGCAAAAAGUUUGUGAUUCAGGCCCCUGCUUCAUAAUAAAUGGAUGAGAAGCAACUAAUGUCCAGCUAAGAAAUGGAUGGAUUGUAUGAAAGAAGACCUGUGACAGUCAGGCAUGUCUGUCAGGGAAGGUAGGAGAAUUGCAUGAAAUGAAAGAGGUGUCAGCAGUUGAUGAGAUUCUCCAGAUCUAUGUAGAAAAAUGGAGAAAGGGGGUUGAUGAGGAUGAACCAAGUGUCCAGGCCACAAAACCAAGUGUGAAAUGUCCACAUCACUUUUAUUUGAAUGGCAGAGUAUUGUUACUGUUUUAUCAGUGUUUUCCAGGCAUUUGAGACUGACAGUCUUUCCCUACACUGUAAGGUCAUUAAGAAAAAGGGAAAUUUGGUCAUCAGACUAGGAGUCACUUCCAGACAUUGGACUAACUUGUUAAAUUUGCCAGACCAUAUGCUAAAUCCUGCAUGGGCAGUGGGGAAUUCUAUGAUGCAUCAUGAAUCCCAUGCAUAUAAUGAUUUUCAUGUGCCUGAGCCUUUCAGGAUGCUGUUACUGUCUAGUCACAAGGCAGGCCUUACUUAUACCUUGAAGUUCAUCAGUUUUAGGUGUUAGGUUGUCAGUCCUUGAAUUAACUAAACAUGAUUAUAUAGAAGGAAACAAACAAAAUGUCAUUACUUGCUGCUUGCAUCCAGGCAGUUUGAGAUAUGCAUACUAAAAUAUUGACCAGUCCUGGUAAGAGUGAAUGACUGUGUGGAGCUCUGAUGUAAAUUACUGACCUCCUUUUGGGGAACAUAGCACCUGGAGUUAUUACAGAAUUUGGGUCAGGUAAGAAGCCCAAAGUAUAUGGAGCACCUUUUUCUUUUUUUUUUUUUUUUUGUACGUAAUGAAAGCAUGGACUAAAACCGACUCCUACUUUAUGACCACAAUGUUUGGGUGUUUGCUACUGUUGUAUACAGUCUUGUCCCCUUUCAGCUUAGGUAUCACAAAAUAUCUCAGAUUCAUGAAAGGCCAUGUUCUUUAUGGAGGGACAAAAACUAUGCACUUGUUUUCUUUUUUUAGUUUUAGUUUUGUAGUAAUAGUUUCAUUUUUUUCAUGUUUGGGGUGUGGCUUCCAUAACUACUUAUCAAAGGCAGACUCUGUUGAUUAGGAUUUCUGAAGAGAAAGAGUAAAUGAACCAUGGAGUGGCAAUGAAAAAAACAUCAGAACCUGGGUUUUGGGCCUGUGUUAUCAAUUGUUAGAUAGUGAAGCGCUUUCAUUUUAAGUGGACAAAAGCAAAUGCACCAAGGAUUAGAAUCCCUGAACUCUAUUCUCUGAAAAAAGCCUGCAGGAAAACACUUUUUAAGGUGUUUUUGCAGGAGAGCAAGCCCCCACCCUCCAAACGUAUAUAUACCAAUUCAUGGGUUCACCAAUUUGAAGAAUGAAGAAGCUCCUCCAAAGAGGGCAUCACUACCAGCACAACUCACCGACACUCGUUUGCUGUGGAGGAUCUCCACUCAUUGAAGGGGUGAGCCUUGGGCAACUGAAGCUCCAGCAUCCAGUCUUCAUCUACCAGUAGGUUACCCCCAGUCAAGUAUGUGGACAAAACUCCAUAAUAGGACUAUGGAGGGCUUUACCCCUUCUUUUUCUCUUUUUUCCUCCAUUUCAUAGCUCACUUAUGUAUGUUUGAUAGUUUCAUUUAGAGCAAGGUAAAAAAAAACAUCCAUUUUGUGACUGUUAUGAAACUGGAUAUUGAUUCUGUCUGUUACCUGUCCAUUAACCUGUCUGUAUAUCUAGAAUUGUGCCAUUUCAUCAAAGAGAAAACUGCUGCAGAGAAUUCUUUUCAUUUAACUGCAAAAAUAUGACUAUCACAGAGUUGAUCCCCAUCUUUAAAUUCUGACAGCCAUAAAAUGUAUUGCACAGUAUUCAUUUGUACUGGCAUCCACAGCACCCUUUUGCAAGACUGAAGCUCAAACUGAAAUCAAAAUACUGAAAGCAGUGGAAGGCUGGAAUUCAAAAUCUUGAAACAUUUCUGAAUAUAUACAUAGCAAAGACAAACAUGAAUUUAACACACAAAAGGAAAUUUAAUAAUCAUAGUUUUUUCAUUGAAACAAACUUUCCCUCUGCAGAGGGUUGCACAACCUUUGGUUUAGAAUUCAUAUCUAGAGGGGUAUGGAAGGCACAGCUGCUCAUAUGGGGAUGCAGAGUUGAUGGGGGUCUGUAUUACUCGAAUGAAAACUGAAAUGCGCGAAUCCCGUUUGAGUGACACAUAAUGAGCGAAUGCCGCAAAUAACGAAGGAAUGAACAGAGAUCGCACAAGGGAAUUCUUCCCUUUACUUCAGUGGAGUGCGAUCUCGGAGUUGGUAUAUUUAAGUAGCAGGGCUGUGGGGGGUGCAGCAUUAAACAGUUAGUGACAGUUUUCGUUCCUUAGGUUUUUUAUUUUUGUGUUUCGAUGUUUCCGACUUUCGCUCACUUAGUGUUUGCUCAACUGGUGUUCGCGCAAUGGAGUUUUUGUUCGAAUAAUAUAGACCCGAGUGAUGCUACUAUAGUAAAAAGCAAUAUUUAUUUCAUUUGAUUUAGCAAGUUCAUCCUGUGUGAUCUGCACUAGACAUCUUUAUGAGGCACUAUGAACUGGAUUUUUUCUUCAUGUCCAGAUAUUCUUUUGGAGCUACUGUCAUCAACGACACGCUUUCAUAAAGUGGCCAUCAAGAAGGACUAGACCUCUCUCCUAAGGGUCACUGAAGAUGGGUGUCCUUGGAUCAGAUACUGAAGUUAUAGGUACUUCUUACCAUAAUGACAACACUGUAGGAAGGGGGUCAUUCACUGGCAGUAUACCCCCUUUCUGUCUUCCACAUUUCUUCCCAUUGCUUUCUUGCCUUUUUCUUUCAUGUUUGUUAGGCUUCAGCAUUUCACUAGGAAUAGAAUUAGAAAGAGGUGGUACCAUGGAAUGUGAUAAGAAUGGGGAAGAUGAGAAAGAAGCCUGCAGAGUUUUAUCUGAUGAGUGGUAUUAAUGUUUGCAGCAUGAGUCUAGUAGUUACCAUAGAUGGUCAGUCAUGUGUGUAAUUACUUUAAUUUUCAUUUGUUUUUAGUUGUGGCCAAAUAGUUUUGUAAUUCAUGCAUCCCAAAACAUUCCCAUUCAAUGAAAACAAAAUACUUCCAUGCCCUGUAGUCUGAACACUUGCAAUGUGUAAUGGAUUAAGGUAUGGCUUGUACAGUAAUAUCUUUGCAAGAAUGAAGCUUCAUGAGAAAAUCCAUCAAUUCCUAGCUAAUACAUGUUCAUUUCAAAAGUUUUCCCUUUUUGGAAUCUGCUAAAUAUCAUGAAUUCCACCUCAGGUGCAGGAAAUUGCAGUCAGAAGGCCAGAGACAGGCAUUUGUUCUAUGGUAAUGGUUUAUAUGGGUAGGCUGCACCUCCCUGCAUCAACUUAUGGGUGAGUUGUGUCUCCACACUCCCCGAUACUUAAUAAUUUCACUUCUGAGGUCAUCAUUUCUCAGGCAAGAAAAUAUUUUUUUUUGAGAAACAAAUCAAGUAUUUUCCUCUCUCUCUAUUUCUCUCUCUCGCUCUCUCGCCUUUUCCUAAAGGUACCGCUUUUGAAACUAUAUUUAAUAGUGUGAUUUGAGUAUUUGCCUUUUGGAAGAAGAAACAAUAUUCCCUUCCCAUUUUGUUAUAUUAAGCUUUGACAGAGGCUGAGUUCUUCCUUUAUUUAGGAAAUGCUUGCCUUCUUUUGUCAGAUACUGCAGAAGUGGAGGUAAUGAAAAUAUCAAGUGCAGUUUUGAAUUUCAUUGAAUUCUGGUAGUUGUGGUUUAUCUGUCUACCCUCAGAAAAGGACUUCAAAAAUAGAUGGAGGUUUGUGAACUCAGGGAAUGUGAACAUUAGAAGUGUUCGGCAACAGGAAGUGGAGGACAGUUAAAAUUUGCAGAUUACUGCUUCCUGGUUAAAUUGUUAACUGAUUUCCCAAAUCCUCUUGUCCAUACCAGAAAAUAGCUUCCCAGUGUGGUGCAAAUUGCAAGCUAGUUGUACCCGUUUGUCUGUUCUUUCCAAGCCUUCUUGACUGCGUCGUAUGUAAUAUUCUGUAUGCAUGAUAAGAGGAGAAGCACUGAAAUACUGCAAACCUAACAGUAUAGCCACUUUUAUUUUUACUGCUUUUUAUUGGAUUAUUUAUUUAAUUUAUUGUUUGGUCACCUGAUGUUCUGAUUAUUUAUUUUAAUUUUUUAAAAUAAUUUUGAUUCUAAACUUGGCGUGAGCAGAAAGGCAUGCUGGCAUGCAACUUAAUUCAAAUUGUUGGUUAUUUUUGCCGAAGAGGUCUUCAGGAGUGCAAGAAAGAUUUUUUUUUUAUUAUUUAUGAACUAAUUAUUUAAUUAUUUUUGUCUUAGUUUUUUUUAAGUGUUCUCAUUUUUGUUGAACUGUGUUUAAGAAGUCAAUACAAACAAAGACAAAACAAAAGGUUGCUGUUUCUAAGGAUGUACAUUUGAAUUCAGAUCUGGAAAGAGUUGCCACAGCCUUUGUGAACCUCCAAGAAAAGGGAUGUGUCAACAGAAGAUACAGCACACGAGACCUGCAUCUGGGAAUGUAAAGAUUUUCAUAAUUAUGUUUGACUACGGAAUAAUACUAUAUGAGAAAACCUGGAGUGCACUGGACAGAGAAUACCUUUACAGCAUAUUCUGGGUGGAGGGGUGGUGGGAGAAUCUCUGAAAUGUUACAAUUAAAAUACCCCCAAGAAAAUUGCCAGAGUGUUUUUGGAGGCACUUUAACAUUUUUACACAUGUAGCUGUAAAAUUAAAGUUGAUGUAACCAUGAUUCCAAUUCUGAAGAGAAAGUAAGCUGGAUAGUAGGAACUGCUGUUCUAUUUCUGUCCUCCUUAAUCAUGAAGCAGCAGUAUUUCUUAGCCUACAAAUGCAGAAGUCAGUUGUGUACAGAAUUAGUUCUGAUAAUACGCACACACACACACACACACACACACACACACACACACACACACACACACACACACACACACACACACACACACACACACACAGAGACAAUUAUGUAUGCGUGCAUGUGUUUCUAAGGAAAAACAUUAUAAUACUGAUUGAGUAAUGUCCUUCAUUAUAUUUUAUAAUACCUGCAGCCUCACUUGAAAGCAGUAAAACCUGCUUAGACCUAGUUCAUAAGCAUAAUCAGUAACACUGAUGUGUGCAUUAAAGCAUUUCAUCGAACAUCUUAGAACCGAUUUGUCUCUGCACACCUUUAAAGCAUGCAUUAAAAUUCCUUAGUGUACUGCUCAACAGAUUCUUAUAUAAAUACAUCUUGAUUUUUAGAGUUUCAAAGCCCCUCUUUUGCUGGCUGCAACCUGUAUGAGUAUGUCAUUUUUUUUUCCAGUUGCUGCCUGCCAUUAAAACAACAUAUUGGUACUCUUCUAGUAAAUACACAGUAUGCAUCAGAUGCAGUACAUUGAAAAGUAACUUUGAAGAGACAGAGGUUUAAGUAUUGCUAAUGGCAACCAUAUUUAAUGAUGAUUAGUUUUCCAGUUAGUAAUAAAAACUGUUCCCCAAAGUAACUGAAAGGGGGUAAAGCAUACUGCUGCUGAAUCUAAUUGUGUAAGAAAUAUUGAAUUAAAAACUGCAGUGAUUUAUUUUGGAUGGCUGACAAAUACUGCUGCUUUGAAUAAACAAUAAUUCAGACCUCUUCUUCAUGAAAAUGUGCUGACAGCUGGGGCAAAAUGGGUUAAACAUGUUUUAAGAUGCUCAAUAUUCAGUAAAAUAAAAAAAAAAUGCACAUAACCUGGAAUAUUGUUUGAGAAAAACGAACAUUUUCAACACUGACUGUAAAAUAUUUUUCUGGCAUGUUGAGAUCACCUAAGCCACACUUUUCAGUUUCUUAUUUGAGUAUCCCAUCAUCUUUCUAGAAUUACCUUCUAGAGUCUUAAAUCUGUCAUUCCAGCAAAGCUUUGCGUACUGUCCUUAGACAUGAGGUGUAACAAGUGUCUUUUCUUCAUUGUAACUCCCUCAUUUAUGGUAUGUUUUCUUCUGGGCCCAGGGAUUAUGUCUUUUAGUCCUGCAGUGAGACUUGAACUUGGCCAUAAAAUGCUGGCAUGUAACUAAAUGAUAAAGUGGACAGUGGUGCACUGUUCUAAAAUGUAUUGUCCUUUUUCAUGAAGUAUAAGCUAACACCCUUUGGGAAGCACAUUUCUCAUCAUGUCAAGUACCAUGGAGUGAAGAGAAUCCCAAAGCGUUUGAGGAAAUUAAAUUCUGUUCCUAUUAUUUUUCUUCCACCAUGUGGGGUAUGUUGUAGUUUCCAUAUUACAACUUCAGGAUAUGACACCGUCAGAUAAUAGUAUUUGUUUUUGCUAACUGAACUAUUAGACAGGCACUCUAAAUUUAUGACUAGAAGGCUACAAAGUCAGGCUAUAUAAUGGAGAAGAUAAUUACUGUAUUGUGAUUGGCAAUGGAAUCAUGUCGGAUGAUCAUGCUUAUAAUACAGUAUAACUGUAUGACUGCUCAGGCUUCCAUUGGAGCCUUUGGUGCUGUUUCUGUCAUUGUAUUUGCCUAAUCAUUUUCACAAUUACUUUGUGUGGCUGUAUUGUGAUAAACAUAUUAUGGCACAUU